AUGCUCACUUAUACUUACCCGCGUCGCCAGGUCAUCGGUGCCGGAGCCGUCGGCCUAGCCAUCGCGCGGCAACUGGCUUCGAGAACGGGCACGUCGACCAUUCUGAUUGAACGACACGGCUCGGUGGGCACCGAGACGAGCAGUCGCAACUCCGAGGUCAUCCACGCGGGCUUGUACUACGGCCCGGACAGCCUGAAGACAAAACUGUGCCUGCGCGGGAAACACCUCCUUUACGACCUGUGCGACGCCAAGAACAUCCCCUACAGCCGCACCAAGAAGUGGAUCAUCGCGCAAGACGAGCAGCAGUUCGCCGAGCUGGAGGCCCUGCACGCCUUCGCCAAACGCAUCGACGUGCCCACGCAGUUUCUGUCGCGCCAGGAAAUCCAAACCCAGGAGCCCGACGUGCGCGCCGAGGCCGGCGUCCUGGAAUCGCCCACGACGGGCAUCAUCGACUCCCACGCCUUCAUGGCUUACCUGGAGGGUAGCUUUGACGAGCGGGGCGGCGACGAGAUCCUACACACGGCGGUCACGAAGAUCGAGGUCCUCGGACAACGCGGAGACGGGGACGCAGGCUACGCCAUCACCACGCAGUCCCGCGACGGCAAGGGCGGAGAGGACGUCAUCACGGCCGAGACGCUGAUCAACUCGGCGGGCUUGGCCGCCAUGGACAUCUCGAACAUGAUCCUGCCACCCGAGCGGCACCGCAAGCCAUACUACGCCAAGGGGACGUACUUUUCGUACUCGUCGUCACAUCCCAAGCCAAACACGCUGCUGUACCCGGCGCCGAAGCCCGGGCUCGGCGGCCUGGGCACUCACCUGACGCUCGACAUGGCCGGGCGUGUGCGGUUCGGGCCCGACGUCGAGUGGAUCGACGACCCCACGGACUUGACGCCCAACCCGGCGCGUCUGGCUGCCGCCAUCCAGGUGAUCAAGGAAUACUUGCCCUCCAUUGACGUUCAGGCCAUCGGCCUCGACUAUUGUGGUAUCCGGCCCAAAUUGGGCAGGACAAGCGGCACGUACGGCAAGGACGGCAAGGGGUUCGCCGACUUCUACAUCACAGAGGAGGAAGGGUUCAAAGGGUUUGUGAACCUCCUGGGCAUCGAGAGUCCCGGCUUGACGAGCGCGUUGGCCAUUGCCGAGUACGUGGAAGAUAUCCUGUACGGCAAAGGGGCGAGUGUUUGA